AUGCUUCCCCCAACAUCACAACUUCCACCCAUCAGGAAACUCGCCGCAUUUUCUAUUGCUCAUCUCAUCGGCUCCGUCAGAUAUUUGAGGAAAAUCUACAACCCACAAGUUAGAGGUAUAACACGUCGCAAAGGUAACCUUCCACCUGCGAGCGCAGGACGCGAUUCCUUGGACGAAUUACGAACGGACGCAUUUGAACGGACAUACGCAAUCAAGUGGCUAACCGCGCUCAUAGGCCAUUUUAGCUCCACAGAAGAAUGUGACCAUCCUUUGGGAGGACACCAUGUGGAGGACUUGAUCCAAGAUGCAGCCUCCCUGCUAGCCAUCUGUGCUGGUACCGCAUCCGCCGGCAUCAUCUGCCGCACCUUCACCUUUGAGUCUCGAUUCGGCUCGGUCACCGUCAACCUAACUGAUGCUCCGUUGGAGAAUCAGGAUUAUGGGAGCGUAGGCGCACAAACCUGGGGCGGCGCGUGUGUUUUGGCUGAGAUGAUCACGGAUAAGCCGGAGAACUUUGGAUUGCUGGAGCAAAACGUAUCACCGAGUAAACUGAGGAUCCUUGAGCUCGGAGCUGGGACUGGACUGGUCAGUCUUGCCGUUGCAGGGCUCAUGCGAAAGGUCGCAGGAAGGGAGGUAGAGAUCGUUGCUACCGACUAUUACCCAUCUGUUCUGACGAACCUUGCAACCAACGUUCGGAGCAACAGCUUCGACCAUGCCAACCUUGUAAAGGUCACCACUCAUUCUUUGGACUGGUCACUUUUUUCCGAGACAUACCCUCAACCACAACCAUUCGACCAGCCUUUUGACCUUGUACUCGGAGCGGACAUCAUUUACGAAGCGCAGCAUGCCGUUUGGAUUAAAUCCUGCCUGACCAUAUUACUCCGGAACACCAAUGGUUCACCCGACGACGGGCCCGAGCCCAUAUUCCACCUGGUCAUUCCGUUGCGCGUAACGCAUACUUUCGAGUCCCAAACUGUCGAAACUGCCUUCGCUCAAAGUGGCGGGCUCGUCAUCAAGUCCAAAGAAAUUAUCUUAUGCGACGCGGAGACGGGCAGGGAAGGCGAUGAGGUUGAAUAUGCAUACUACAAGAUUGGUUGGGAAAAAGAGGUAAAGUGGUCAUACACGUCAACUGGCAGUAAAUAA